CGCUGAGGAAUGGGGCGAGAAGUGUUCGGGAGAAGACAGAGCAUGGGACACUUUGCUACAGUUCUCAGUUCCACAGUUCUUCUGCUCAUGUUAAUCCACACAGAUGGAGCCGUGAGCCAAGACCUGUUCCCUGACCAAACAUCACACCUGAAGAAUUACCAGAUCAUCGUACCUCAGCUUGUGCUCAAGCGGUGGGAGAGACAUGUCGACCGAUCACACACACAGAGAUCGGAUCCGGAUGGUCUGACCUACUCGAUUGAGAUAAAUAACACCGUCCAUCUCCUACAUUUAACCCAGAACAGAGACUAUUUAUCUCCAGAUUUCACAGUGGUCUCUCAUGACGUGCAUCAGGACUCAGUGAAAACACACAGAGUGGAGCCUGUGUUGUGUCAUUACCACGGGCGAGUGUCGGGUUAUGAGGAGUCUCUGGUAGCGCUCAGCACCUGUACUGGACUCAGGGGCGUCAUUUUCCUGGGACUCGAAAGUUACGCCCUGGAACCUGCUCGAAACGCUUCAAACAACGAGCACAUCCUGUUUCCCCUGAAGGACAACCCCUCAGAGCCGUUCGUGUGUGGGGUGGACAGCGGAUGUGAUCAGGGCGACUGUGGCCACACCUUGUUAAUGGACACGUUGUUACGGAAAAAGCGCUCCCUGCCUCAGACACGAUAUGUGGAGCUGGUGUUAGUGGUGGACAAUCAGAGAUUUAUCAUGAUGAAGGCCAACCGCACGGCCGUGACGGACGAAAUGAUACAGCUUGCUAAUUACCUGGACACGUACUACAAGGAGCUGAACAUCCGCAUCGUCCUGGUGGGCAUAGAGAUUUUCGAGACAGGAAACCCUUUCGACGUGAACGGAGACCCAAAAGAUGUUCUAGCAAAUUUUGUCAAAUGGAGGAGUGAUAGUCAGACACCACGCAUCAGAGGCGACAUGAGCCAGCUUGUCGUGGGGCUACCAGGAGCUUUCAGCGGAGGGAUUUUGGGCAUGGCGUACGUCGGGACGGUUUGCUCAGCGAGCGCUGGCGGUGGGAUCAGCGUGUAUCCCAUCAGUUUUGACCUGCAGUAUUACUCCACGGUGUUGGCGCAUGAGAUGGGACACAAUCUUGGCAUGACCCACGAUGACGGACGCCAGCAGUGUGAUGAAAGCAAAUUCAUCAUGCACUCUCAGGCCACUCGGUUGAUGUCGUUCAGCACGUGCAGUGAUCAGGAUUUCCAGCAGCUGUCCCUAAUUAAGGGAGAUUUGUGUCUGCUGAACGUGCCGACGAAAGUCAUCGCAAAGGCUCAGUGCGGUAACGAAAUCCUGGAGGCGGGUGAACAAUGUGACUGCGGAACGCCCCAGAACUGCAAAAACAAAUGCUGUAACGCAACUACAUGCACCUUAACAAAGGGCUCAGCCUGUGCUACUGGUCUCUGCUGUCAAGACUGUCAGUUCAUGGUGUCCGGUGCGGUCUGCAGAUCCUCCGUGAACGAGUGUGACCUGCCCGAGUUCUGUAACGGGAGCUCACCUUUCUGCCCGGGAGACUUCUACCUGAUGGACGGCCUUACCUGCAGCGCCGGCGCCGCCUACUGCUACGAAGGCCGGUGCCAGACGCUGGACUACCAGUGCCAGCAGCUCUUCGGCAAAAGUGCAGUAAAAGCCAAUGAUCUGUGCUUCAGGCACGUGAACACACAGGGCAACUCGUUUGGAAACUGCGGCUACUCCGGAAACAGACUCAUCCCCUGUUCUUUAGAUAACUCCAUGUGUGGGAAGAUUCAGUGUGUAGGUUUCGACUUUAACUACCUCCCACACGGGACAUCCAUCAGCAUCCAGGACCUACAGCCGGGGACCAAGUGCAUGAACGCAGACUUCAACCUGGGAAGCGACGUCCUCGACCCGGGAUACGUCAACACGGGGACCGUGUGCGCUCCAGGCAAAGCGUGUAUGAACUUCCAGUGUGUGAAUUCAUUAGAGUUGACAAAAAAACAGACGUGUGACGCUACAACUGACUGCAACGGCAACGGGGUAUGUAAUGAUUUGGGUCACUGUCACUGCAACGACGGCUGGGCUCCGCCUUCCUGCAACACACGUGGCAGAGGAGGCAGUGUGGACAGCGGACCUGCUCAACUAGAUUACUCGCUGAGGAACGGCCUGCUCGUCUUCUUCCUGCUGGUGCUCUCCCUUCUGGUGCUGUUGAUCUUCCUGUACAGGUGUUUGAGGCGCUCCAACCGCCGCAGGACAAACGAAGCGAGCACUUGGAGCAACAUCCAGCAGAGCAGAAACUUUCAAAGGCUAGCAUGUCCUCCACCACUGAUGCACCUCCCUCCUACAACUCCACAGCACAGUGACUCAGUGUCAGUUCUUCUCUCCUUUGUGUGUUCCAGUAACACAUACAGUAACUUACAGCCUGCAGUUUGGACUUCUCAACUUCCCAGAAACGGGCCUGGAGCUCCGAGACCCAUUCCUCCCAGGAACGUCAUCAGCUGAGCGAAUUCAGGGGGAAAAGAGGUGUUUGUGGAAAUGCACAAAGAAAUAUGAAGUUAUUAUACGUCUGAUGAUAAAGAAAUGAUCUGCUGGUCUGAUUAUGAGAGUCUUAUUCAGUCAAUGACUAUAACAAUUAAAUCUGUUUUAAUUUAAGGAUAUAAUUAAAUGGUGUUUAAGGUUUGCCUGUUUAAUGAAGGUUGUCGUAUC